AUUUAAGUAAAUCAAGAAAAUUAGUUAAAUUAGUUAUUUAUAAAAAAUAUAUAUUGAUUUUUAAAAAUACCCUCUUAAAUCAUUUUUCAUUGAAACCACUUAUUCUUGCAAACUCCCUUGAUAUCUAGAAUUAAUAGGAAUAAUCUAAUAUAUGUAUAAUUAUGGGGUAUAAAAGGGAUUGAGAAUAUUUAGGGUCAAACUCGAGCUCGGAGAUAGGAGGUAGUAGUAGGCACAAACUCCUCUCUUACGUCCUUUGCCUAGAAAACACAAAUUUCCAGAGUUCAGACACAAACUAGCAAAGGAAAGCUUAUAAAGUUCAAACUAAAGACCCAAAUUUCUACCACUACACUUACCAUUGGGGAACGCGGCUUUGACUUCGUCUUUUCAAACAACAUUAAUUCGGUCCUUUGAGUAUACACCUCGUAGUUCGUUGGCAUAGCCAGACACCACAUGCUCUCUCUUUCCUUCUUCAUUUUCACUCUCUCCCCACAGAACUAACCCAAGCAAUACAAUAUUUCCAGCCAGUAAGCUCCACUAAACGAUGCUUCAGCGCCCUAAUCUCCUUACCUUAUUUAUCUCCAUAUUCUGGGCAUGCUGGGUUUUUUACGGCGUCGUUUCGGACCCGCAGACCAAUCUUCUGAUGAUAGGGUGCAGCCCACCCAACCAGUUCGUCGUGUCGGACUACACCAUCUUCAAUGACAAUCUGAACUUAACGCUGCAAGAAAUCAGAGAGCAAAUCAGUGACCCAAACAAGCACUUCGCCACCGCACGGGAAGGCAAUGGAGGAAACCCUGUUUCCACUCUUUUCCAAUGCAGAAACUAUCUCUCCGUUGCUGACUGUGUCAGGUGCUUAGACGUCGCCGCCGCACAAAUCCGCAACUGCUCCACCGGUUCCUACGGUGGCCAUGUCGUCUACGAUGGCUGCUUCCUCAGGUACGAGGCUGGUGAUUUCUAUGGGGAGACGAAAGGAUCUUUGACUAAAGUAUUGUGUGGCAAUCAAAAUGCCAGAGAAGUCAUUCCCUUCACUGCAACUGCUCAAAAUUUGCUCAUGAAUCUCCAAACAGCAACACCCAAAAUUCCAGGUUUCUCUGCAGCCACAAAAAUACAAGUGCCCACUAAUGGUGAAACUAUUUAUGCUUUUGCCCAAUGUGUUGGUACUUUGACACAAAGUGGGUGUCUAGAUUGCUUAAAGGCUGCGUAUAGCAAUAUGCAGAUUUGUCUUUCCAAUUCAGAGGGUAGGGCUUUUGAUGCUGGGUGUUUCAUCAGAUACUCCACCACUUCCUUCUUUGCUGAUAAUGAGACUAUUGAUAUCACACCCUUGGUUAAACCAGGUUCAUCAAGCAAUAAGGCGACAAUUAUUGGCGGAGUUGUUGGGGUUAUAGCACUUGUUUUGGUCCUUCUUGCAUUAUUUGCUUGGACUAGACGAUCACAAAGACCCAGGAGAGUUCCCAGAGGAGAUAUAACUGAAACAAGUAAGUUGGAAGGCCCAAUGACUUAUAGUUAUCAGGAUUUGAAGUCUGCAACAAAAAAUUUCAGUGAUGAAAAUAAACUAGGAGAAGGAGGAUUUGGUACAGUAUAUAAGGGAACUCUAAGGAAUGGAAAAAUAGUUGCCGUUAAGAAAUUAACCACUCAACACUUGAGUAGGAUGGAUGAAGAUUUUGAAAGUGAAGUGAAGCUUAUAAAUAAUGUUCAUCAUCGAAAUCUUGUUCGUCUUUUGGGAUGUUGCAGUAAAGGCCAUGACAGAUUCCUUGUUUAUGAAUACAUGAAAAACAAUAGUCUCGACAAGUUCUUAUUUGCUAAAACGAAAGGUUCUCUCAGCUGGAAACAACGAUAUGAUAUAAUUUUAGGAACAGCAAGGGGAUUAACUUAUCUACAUGAGGAAUUUCAUAUUUGUAUCAUACAUAGAGACGUAAAGACUAACAACAUCCUCCUAGAUGGUGAUAUGCAACCUAGAAUUGCUGAUUUUGGAUUGGCAAGGUUUUUACCAGAGGACAAAUCUCACCUCAGCACAAAUUUUGCAGGAACAUUAGGUUAUACAGCACCUGAGUAUGUAAUACAUGGCCAAUUGUCAGAGAAAGUUGAUAUAUAUAGCUACGGUGUUGUAGUGUUGGAAAUUAUAAGUGGUAGAAAAAGUGAAGAAUUAAGAGUUGAUGGUGAUGCAGAGGGCGAAUUCCUCCUUAAGAAGGCGUGGAAACUAUAUGAGAGAGGCAUGCACUUAGAGCUGGUGGAUAGUGCCUUAGACUCUAACGAGUAUGAUGCAGAAGAAGUGAAGAAAAUCAUAGAAAUUGGUUUACUUUGCACUCAAGCGUCUCCUGCAAUAAGGCCAACAAUGUCUGAAGUUGUUGUUUUGUUGCAAAACAAGGGCUUAUUAGAGAACAUAAGACCAACUAUGCCUAUCUUGAUCGAAACCAACUAAAAGCGCAUGGAGAAACCCCUACCACUUUCUCUUCCUCUACGUCCAACGCCUUGAGUUCUAUACCGUCAGCAUAGUAACAGUAUUUUUCAGGAAUGUG